UUUACAACCAAGGAGGGCUGAAUGGCCUCACUGAGAGCAAAUUUUUACAGACUCUGAAAGCCCAUUGAACAAAACGAGCCACAUCGGGACAAAUCAAGACCAUUUGUUCGAAGGAGAUCAACUGCCACUCUUCAGACGAUCGCAGAAGCCCUUUAUUUGAGGACCGGAGGGGACAGAGGCGUAGAGUAAUGUCAAAGCCCUCGCUGCGGCUCGUUGAAUGCGCUUGCGUAGGGCGCAGUGAAAACAAACGAGGGAAGCUGCGAUUCGGGGGCUUUUCUUUUGCCCAACAUUUCCCCGGAUUUUCCCUCAGAGCGACUCGGGAGGAGCGGCAGCGGCGCCUGAUGGACGACGCGGGUCCCUCGGGUGACACCCACUCGGAGUGAGAAGGGGGCGGGAGCCGGUACGGGAGGCUGGACCGGGACACGACCAUGACUUGGUGAAAGAGAAAGCGAGCAAACACUGACCGGCAUCCGCGUCUGCCAAGGGGGAGAAAAGGUCUUUCUUUCUGGGAGACGGGGGGGGGGAAAAAAAAACAUCUUUUAAGUGGUGAAGAGGAGAGAAGGCGAAAAAAGGCGGAAAACACAGCCACGAUCGGGGUGUCUGGAGACGGUGAUCACCGGAGGUUUCACCUCAUUUUACAUUUCACAAAAAAAUAUUUUACGCUUUGUGUCGCCGAAGACGACGAAGAGGAGAGAAAGAUUUUUUUUCUUUGCCCCCCUCUGGUGCACAAUGAAGGCGCCUGUCCGCCAUGUUACAGUGAUGGCCAGGAAUUGACUGGAUAUUUUAACAUGUUUGUUUUUAAUCUGCACUAAUAUUUGAAAAUAUUCCCGUCGACUUUAAUCUCGCCCGCCCUGGAGGGAGGGAAGCGAGCCUGAGUUUGCAGCCGCCGCCACCGCCGCUUUGUGCCUCUACUCACCCUCUCGCACUCGGCGCUGCCAUGGCGGAGCAGGCGUACUCCUGGGCUUAUUCCCUCGUGGACUCGAGUCAAGUCUCUACCUUCCUCAUCUCUAUUCUACUCAUUGUCUAUGGAAGUUUCAGGUCUCUGAAUAUGGACUUCGAGAACCAGGAUAAGGAAAAAGAUGGAAGUACUUCAGCUGCCAAUUUCAAUGCAAACAAUACCAACAAUAGUAUCCAGACCAUAGACUCUACACAGGCUCUUUUUCUUCCUGUUGGGGCAUCAGUCUCUCUGUUGGUGAUGUUUUUCUUCUUUGAUUCUGUUCAGGUGGUGUUUACAAUAUGCACUGCAGUUCUUGCAACAAUAGCAUUUGCCUUUCUGCUGCUUCCAAUGUGCCAGUAUUUAACAAGAGCCUGCUCAACUCAGAACAAAAUUUCAUUUGGCUGCUGUGGACGAUUCACUGCUGCUGAACUACUAUCAUUUACUCUUUCAGUCUUACUUGUGCUUAUCUGGGUAUUAACGGGGCACUGGCUACUAAUGGAUGCUCUGGCAAUGGGACUCUGCGUCGCCAUGAUCGCUUUUGUGCGAUUGCCAAGUCUUAAAGUUUCCUGCUUGCUGCUUUCCGGGCUCCUUAUUUAUGAUGUCUUCUGGGUAUUCUUCUCUGCUUACAUCUUCAACAGCAACGUGAUGGUGAAAGUGGCCACUCAGCCUGCUGACAAUCCUUUAGAUGUGCUCUCAAGAAAACUUCAUUUAGGACCAAAUGUUGGACGUGAUGUUCCUCGUCUUUCGCUCCCUGGGAAGUUGGUGUUUCCAAGCUCCACAGGCACCCACUUUUCUAUGCUGGGGAUUGGAGAUAUUGUCAUGCCAGGACUUCUAUUGUGCUUUGUUCUUCGAUAUGACAACUACAAGAAACUAGCUAACAGCGAUGCAAUCCCAGCCAAUAUACCCGGUCGAAUGCAGAAAGUGUCGUACUUCCAUUGCACCUUGAUUGGUUACUUUGUAGGUCUUCUGACUGCCACUGUAGCAUCAAGAAUUCACCGGGCUGCCCAGCCGGCACUUCUGUACCUUGUUCCAUUUACACUGCUGCCACUUCUUACCAUGGCUUAUUUAAAGGGUGAUCUACGACGUAUGUGGUCAGAGCCCUUCCACACCAAGACAAACAGCUCCAGGUUCCUGGAGGUAUGAUAGCAGGAAGUGUAGCUGAACGCAGGAAUAAUGUAUGCUGGGCACCAGAAGAUUUGUGUCAUGUGGUUUCAUCGUUUUCAUCAAACGUGAUUGGUGCUUCAAGUGUUAACAAAAAAAAAGGUUGCGGAGGAAAUGUUUUUCUUUUCCUUUUGUGGAAUGCAGACUCUGUACAAUUAAUUCAACCCAUCUGCAGUCUUUGGAUUAGCAACAGACUUUCACACCCUACCAUGUAUAUUACAAGUUUAAGAAAAACAAACCCACUUUUUAAAAUGACAAGAUAUCAAAUUUAGUCUUGUACAUACAGCUGCUAUACAGAAGACGCAACUUUGAAGAUGCCUCUUUGAAGGGACCAGCAACUCUUUAAUUGUCUUGAACUUUAGACUAAGGAAAAGACAAGGCAGCGACAAAUCUUUUGAAUGCGGUAAUUACCUGUUAGGUGACUUGUAUGUCUCCCUGCAGACAUGAGAUGGGUAUGCAGUAAAAAUCUGUGCUGUAAUUAACUUUACACCUUAAAGUUUUGUUGCAUUGAUCCAGAAAGGUAAAGACGCCAAGAUGAAUCAUGUUGUGUACUUAAGUGGCCUGUUGUAAAUUUUAGCAUGUAUAGCAUUAAAUAUCACUUCAGUAUAAGACCCACUGUCUCCUUUUCCAAAUGCUCCUAUGCCAUAUGUGAGUUUAGAAAUGUAAUUGUAGUUUGCACUCGUACCUGUGUUAAUGAUCCCAGUUGACCUUGCACAAUUAUGAUUGGUGUAGCAAAAAAAAUAACUUUUUUAUGGUUUCUCCUUUUUCUUUAUUGGUUUGAUUAAUUUAGCUAAUGCAUGUAUCAUAGCAGUACUUGUUAUUUGAACCCUCUUGAUUAUAGUGGUGUACCCUUGUAAAUAUAUUUUUUGUAUACAUUUGUUUAAAUGUGUGUUGUUAGUUCUACCUGUUGAAAAGCGUAAUCUGGUCCAAGUUUACAAGCAGUAUCUGUUUUGUACCUUGGGUUUGUAUUUGGUUCCCAUUACUUUUUUCAGAUGCUGUCACAACAGCACGUUAACACUGGGCAGCGCGCAAAUCAAACCAGCAAGUAGCGUGCUUGUAAAAUGUUGCGAUGUUACUGAGUGAACAAGACUGCCAUUGUAGUCUCCAGACCUAAAUAUUGUUUAAGACCAGUGCAGGGCCUAGAACCAACAUGAAUUAAUUCCAACAGUCCUUCAAGCUCUUCCAUGCCCACCUCUACCCUGCCAUCAAUCCCUUCACAUCUAUCACUGGAGCAUACACAAACAGUGUUAUGUGUCACUUUUAAAGGAGGAAAUAUUCACAUUUCCAAAAAACCACUGAGUGUAAUGUUUUUGUGCUGUAGAUUAGACAAAUUGCUAAGCCAUUUUAUUAGACUAUGGCUUUGCUGAAAGCCUUCAAGUGGACUGAAUGGAUACUGUACAAUCAUCUGUACAUCAUUAGUGUAUUUCUGCCCCUGGAAAUGAACAUUAUCUUCAUCUCUAUAUAACAUGCGCAGUCAAGAUUCCUUUGUAAAUAAAACCAAAAGUUUAAGUGCA